AUGUCCACCCCCACCACAUGCCAAACAUGCUCCUCAACCCUCCCCUCGCCCCUCCCCCAAAGCACCCAUCUACCUCCCUGCUGCAACCACCCCAUCUGUCUCGCUUGUACUGCGCGCAAUCCCCGUUUGAGAGAGUAUGUGCCGUGUUUGAAAUGCGGGACGGGGAGUAGUACUUUGAGCGGGGGCGUGAGUGUAGAGGCUGGGGGGAGGAGAGAUAGGGCGAGGGAUAGGGAGGAGGUGGGAGGGGGAGGGGGAGGGGAUUUGUUGUUCGCGAUGGGAGAUGAGGACGAUGAUGGCCCGGGGUCAGCAGGUAUUGCGGGAGAUCUGCCGCCGGGGUAUGAUGAGAUUGAUGCUCUCCCUUCUCUCCCACCCUCCAAAACUCCAGAUUCUCGCGUGCCACCUCCUCACAUCACUCCCGAGCCAACAAAGACCGAGGAAGAACCGAUGGAAAUCGUCGAAGUUACCCAUCUCGUCUCUCGGGGCGAUACUGUCAUGUCUGUCGCUCGCAAGUAUGCUGCAGAUCCGCAUGAUAUACUCGAAUUCAACGCCCUCCCCUCGACCGCCCUCACUUCCAACGCCCGUAUCCUCCAAACCCGAAAAUCAAUCAUCAUCUCCCGCCGCUCCGUACCCUCUUCAUCCCUUCCACCUCUAUCAUAUCGCGACAAGCAACUAGAAGCAGCAGUAAACAAAGCAGAAUCAGAAAAUAGAAGGAAAGAGCGUCAGAUCCAGAGGUUCCGGGCGGUCACAAAGGCGGCUGACCCCGAUAUCGCCAACGCGUACCUCUCUGUCGAACAGCUGGAAGAAGGGAAGGAUGUCGAUUACGGCACAGGGGAAGCGCUUGAAGGGGGAGGGAAGAAGGCUCCUAUGCCGUCGGAAGGGAAUAGAGAAGCGCGCGCGUUGGAUAGGUUUUGGGAGGAUGAAGAGUGGGAGAGCAGCUCGGGCAGGGCGGAGAGGAAGAAGGUGGGCAAGUGGAAAGUCGUUGGGAGUUCACUUGCCAAGUGA